AUGCCUCUUGCUGGCUCCUCCGCCCCGCAUUCCGCCCCGCGCGCCUGCUUCCUCGUCACCUGUCCCAUACACGCCUUUUCCCAAUCCGUCAAUGUUGAAUCUCUUCCCCCAAGCCCUCUUCCCCCAAACCCUCUUCCCCCAAACCCUCUUCCCCCAAACCCACUUCCCCCGAACCUUCUUCCCCCAAAACCUCUUCCCCAAACCCUCUUCCCCCAAACCCUCUUCCCCCAAACCCCCUUCCCCCAAACCUUCUUCCCCCAAACCCUCUUCCCCCAAAUCCUCUUCCCCCAAACCCUCUUCCCCCAAACCCUCUUCCCCCAAAUCCUCUUCCCCCAAACCCUCUUCCCCCAAACCCUCUAUCCCCAAACCCUCUUCCCCCAAACCCUCUUCCCCCAAAUCCUCUUCCCCCAAACCCUCUUCCCCCAAACCCUCUUCCCCCAAAUCCUCUUCCCCCAAACCCUCUUCCCCCAAACCCUCUAUCCCCAAACCCCCUUUCCCCAAACCCUCUUCCCCCAAACCUUCUUCCCCCAAAACCUCUUCCCCAAACCCUCUUCCCCCAAACCCUCUUCCCCCAAACCCUCUUCCCCCAAACCCCCUUCCCCCAAACCCUCUUCCCCCAAACCCUCUUCCCCCAAAUCCUCUUCCCCCAAACCCUCUUCCCCCAAACCCUCUUCCCCCAAAUCCUCUUCCCCCAAACCCUCUUCCCCCAAACCCUCUAUCCCCAAACCCUCUUCCCCCAAACCCUCUAUCCCCAAACCCUCUUCCCCCAAACCCUCUUCCCCCAAAUCCUCUUCCCCCAAACCCUCUUCCCCCAAACCCUCUUCCCCCAAAUCCUCUUCCCCCAAACCCUCUUCCCCCAAACCCUCUUCCCCCAAACCCCCUUUCCCCAAACCCUCUUCCCCCAAACCUUCUUCCCCCAAAUCCUCUUCCCUGCCCUUCCUUCGGACGACGGCACAGCAGAGGAACAGCUGGGCAGUACACGCGUCCUCGCCUCCAUGUCAGUCAGCCACUUUCACGCUGCCCUUCCCCUCGUCUCUCUAUCGUGCUCCUCUCAUCAUCCCCCAUGCCCCAUUUACCAGGGAUGACGGCACAGCAGAGGUGCAGCUGGGCAGCACGCGCGUCCUGGCGUCAGUUUCAGCAGCGCUCACGCUGCCCUUCCCCGACCGCCCCAACGAAGGCUCCCUGGCCGUCUUCACAGAGCUCGCCCCCAUGGCUGACCCGCGUUUUGUGCCUGGGCGGCCGGGGGAGGAUGCGAUUGAAUUGGGGCGCAUCAUUGACCGCGGGCUCAGGUGGGGAUAG